AUGCCCGAGCCAGACAAUGGCCGAAUAGAGACGGAAGGUGAGCUGAAGGCCAACAGUUUCGAAGAACAUACGAGUUGCGUUUGUCAUUCAGAUAGUAAGCUUUUGACGCUUAGAAAUGAGUAACGAAAAGCUCCCACACUCCCACACCGGCGGUGUUAGGCCCAUGAACAUUCAGGGCCGCUUUGGCUCGGAAAUAGCGCGUGUAUCAUCAGGCGAGUUCAGCCAGGCCGACCGUGAGUGGAGGAAGAAAUGGGUGAACGACCAGGUCCUAUCGCCAAACGAACCCAGACGCGUCCCGGAGCUGGAAAGGAAAUUCAAGAACCCAAUAAGGAGGUUUUACCGCUUUCCCAUGGAUUACCUUUUCUCCAAGUUAGAGCCCCACGUCGGACGCACUCAGGCGUCGGUUAUGAGGUGGGUUGUCCCGAAACUGUUCUUUGUCUACCUCGGAGCGAUGGCGUUUCACUAUCAGGUGAAGUACAACUCGCACGACUGGACAAGACACAGCGGCUUCAUUGUAAGAUCGUCCAGGAAAGACGUGCUCCCCGGAGACCCUGGAUACCCGGACACAUCGGACAGGUCUGCACCCCAGGACUACGCUGAUCACGGUUUCAAGGAUAGGAAGGUCUUCCUGAGUUGAAAACGCUGCAUCACCCGAAUGACAUGAUGCUAGCUUGUGAAAAUGAUAGGCGUUGCAGCUGCUAGUGCUAGGUUCAUACAGCUGUGAGAAUAAAUGGCUUUUCCACCUGG